CAACAAUGGGAAAUCAACGAAAUCAUCGCAAAGAAGAAGAUGGCGGCGGCGCUGUCGUGGUGAUUUCAGCUUCAUCGCAGCAUUACGAACAGAUUAGGGAACAAAGGAUGAAAGAGAACGCUGAGAGAAUGCAUAAACUUGGAUUGUUAAAUCUUUCUCUUAAGCUCAAGAAAACCCCUCGCCCUCAGAUCAAGAAAAUUUCGUUACCAUCCAUUCAACCCCAAAGACGUUCUUCUAGAAUAAUGACCCUGGCUUCGGUUGACUAUGGUUCAAAGCGACCUCGUGCACCACAUCAACAACAUUCAUCAUCAAGUAAGAAAAAGAAGGAAUUGGAGAUUUAUAUACCAGAAGGUACAAACCCUGAAGUUUACACUGAAGAGCAUGAGAAGCUUCUGGGAGAUUGUGAGACUGCUUGGGAAUUGUAUGUGGAUGGAUAUGAUGAGGAUGGGGAGCGUAUAUAUGAUCCAACCAAGGGAGAGAAAUGUCAUCAAUGCAGGCUUAUAACUAUUAGUCAGCUGACGAGUUGCAACAAAUGCGAAUUACCCCAAGGGCAGCUCUGUGGAGAUUGCUUGUACACAAGAUAUGGAGAAAACGUGAGAGAAGCUGAUUUCAAUCCCCAGUGGACUUGCCCUUGUUGCCGAGAAAUUUGCAACUGCAAUAGUUGCCGUAGGAAAAAUGGUUGGAUGCCUACUGGUAAUAUAUACAAUAAGGUGGUGAAAUUGGGAUUCAAAUCUGUUGCUCAUUAUCUAAUUAAGACCCGUCGUUCUGUGGAAAGCAUUGAAGGCUCGGGUGCUGAAAAUAUUGUUGCCCAAGAAAUACCAGAGACCACUCAAGAUACGACACAGAAGGGACCAAUCCAGACGAGAAGGGCUCUGAGAAGUUAAAGGUAAUCAAAUGAAUGCAAAGGAUAUCAUUGAACAGAAACAUAGCUUAAUGACUUGUACAUCUACAUGAAGAUGGUGAUACCUUGUUUUGGAUAUUUAGACAAGUUGUUGGUUUUCUUAUUUUUGUUGGUUAUGCAUACAAACUUAGGCCAUUUAACGUAAACAUUUGCAGCCCUAUGCCCUGAGUUUUGAUAACAUUCUUGUGUCAUAGCUCUCAACUUGAGCAAUUUUACCGAGCAUUAU